CCCCCGGGCCCCGCGCUGCAGUCGCCCCACAGCGGCCCCGCCCGCCACCGCUGAGCCGAACCGAGGGCGGCGGCGGCGGCGGUGCUGGCGGCGGCUGUGGCGGCUGCUGGAGCGGCCCGGGAGGAGGAGGCAGCGAGGAUGGCGGCGGCGGCGUCCUGGGCGCGGCGGAGAUGAGCGCUCGCGGCCCCAGGCCCAGGGCGGCGUGGCCGGAGUGGGCGGGGGUCCCGAUGCAGGCCCGAAGGGGGCCAUGGGGCAGGUCCUGCCGGUCUUCGCCCACUGCAAAGAAGCUCCGUCUACAGCUUCCUCUACUCCUGACUCCACAGAAGGAGGGAACGAUGACUCGGAUUUUCGGGAGCUGCAUACAGCCCGGGAAUUCUCAGAGGAAGACGAGGAGGAGACCACAUCGCAGGACUGGGGCACUCCCCGGGAGCUGACCUUCUCCUACAUCGCCUUCGAUGGCGUGCUGGGCUCUGGGGCCCGCAGGGAUUCAGCUGCUCGCCGCCCACGGCCCCAGGGCCGCUCAGUCUCGGAGCCGCGAGAGCCGCCCCCGCAACCUGGCCUGGGCGACAGCUUGGAGAGCAUCCCCAGCCUGAGCCAAUCCCCGGAGCCUGGGCGCCGUGGUCACCCCGAUUCUGCCCCUCCAGCUGAGCGCCCCCUGGAGGACCUGGGGCUCCAACUGGACCAAGUGGGCUGGGCGGCCCGGGGAGCAGGGUCCGGGGAAGACUCUGCCACCAGUAGCUCCACCCCGCUGGAUGACGAAGAGCCCGACGGAUCAGAGGUUGGAGAGGCUGGGAAAGAACUGGACCUACAACUCGGACUCGCUCAGUCCUCGCCGCCCGAAGUCUUGACUCCACAGCCCAGCCCUGGCUCUGGAAUCCCUCAGGCCCGUACCCCAUCUCCACAUCGAUCUCGGGAUUCGAACUCUUGGCCAGAUGAGCCCUCGCUGGACAAGAAGGAGGAGGAAGAGCCGUGGGGAGGGCUGGAGCGGGAGCCAAUCACGGGGCAGUGCCUCGAUAGCACGGACCAAUCAGAAUUCACAUUGGAACCACACUUUCUAGUGGCAGACCUGCUGUACUGGAAGGACACGAGGACGUCAGGAGUGGUCUUCACAGGCCUCAUGGUCUCCCUGCUCAGCCUCCUGCGUUUUAGCAUCGUGUCCGUGGCGGCCCAUGUGGCCCUGCUGCUGCUCUGCGGCACCAUCUCUCUCAGGGUUUACCGAAAAGUGCUGCAGGCCGUGCACCGGGGAGACGGCGCCAACCCCUUCCAGGCCUACCUGGAUGUGGACCUGACCCUGACUCGGGAGCAGACAGAACGUAUGUCCCAACAGAUUGCCUCCUGUGUGGUCUCUGCGGCCAUGCAGCUGCGGCAUUUCUUUCUGGUAGAAGACUUCGUGGAUUCCCUCAAGCUGGCCCUUCUCUUCUACAUCUUGACCUUCGUGGGUGCCGUCUUCAAUGGUUUGACUCUUCUCAUUCUGGGAGUGAUCGGUUUAUUCACAGUCCCUCUGCUGUACCGGCAGCACGAGGCCCAGAUUGACCAGUAUGUGGGAUUGGUGACCAAUCAGUUGAGCCACAUCAAAGCUAAGAUCCGAGCUAAGUUCCCAGGGACCGGAGCCCUUGCCUCGGCAGCAGCCGCAGUCUCCGGAUCCAAAGCCAAAGCCGAAUGAAAGGGGUGCCUCUGCCUGCGGGACGCCUGCCCCCACCCCCUGUAGCCCUCUGCCCUCCUCCAUUUCCCUUCCAUCCUCACCCUCUCCCUGCCUCAUCCCAAGCCAUUUCCCAGUGGGUGUCAGGAUCGCUCACACCAGGGAGUUUGCGCAAAUUGCCUGAGUGGCCAGGACUACAUUUCCCAAGAGGCUCUGCUCUAGGAGUCUUGGAAAGGCGAGGCACCUUGGCCACGGGGCCUGCUGGGACUUGUAGUUGCCUAGAUAGGGCACACGCCCUGCACUUCCGGGACCCCACCGCUGGAGGCGCCGUGAGGGGGUGGUGUCUCCUGGAUGCCACUGGCCCCAACGCUGGGGCUUUGCAUGGGGCCCAGGGGAGGCCUGAGCUUGGAUUUACACUGUAAUAAAGACUUCUGUGGAAAA